ACAGGUGAGAGGGAAAGCAACAGAUUUUACACCUCAGGAAUCUUGGAAUCUUCACUCAUGGCUUACCGAGGAAGUGUGAGACCCUUUGUGCACUUCAAUGCCAAGCAGGAUGCGGAUAUCUUACGAAAAGCCAUGAAAGGAAUUGGCACGGAUGAAGACACCAUCCUCAUGCUCUUACCCACCAGGAGCAAUGAGCAGAGACAAGAGAUCAAGGCAGCUUAUAAGAAAGCGCAUGGCAAAGACCUGGUGAAAGACCUGAAGUCAGAGCUGGGAGGGAAGUUAGAGGACCUGAUCAUGGCUCUGAUGUCUCCCCCACGUGUCUAUGAUGCUGAUCUGCUCCAUGCGGCCAUCAAGGGAGCUGGAACUGAUGAUAAAGUUCUGAUUGAGAUCCUGGCCUCCAGAACAUCUGAACAGUUAAAGGAGAUCAUCAAGAUAUACAAGAAAGAGCAUGGAGGCAAGCUGGAGAAGGACAUCAUGGGAGAUACGUCUGGACACUAUCAGAGACUGCUGCUGAUGCUUUUACAGGGAGAGAGGGAGGAGGGAGUGGAUGAAAGCAGAGUGGAGAAAGACGCUAAGGAAUUGUUCGCUGCCGGUGCGAAGAAAGUUGGCACGGAUGAAGAAAAGUUUGUCAACAUCUUGGGCAAGAGGAGCAUCGAUCACCUGAGGCAAAUGUUCGAUGUGUAUAAAAAGAUCGCUGGCUGUGACAUCGAAGAGAGUAUUUGCGGAGAGUUUACUGGCAAUCUCGAGGCAUUGCUUCUUGCAGUGGUGAAAUGUAUGAAAAGUGUCCCAGGAUAUUUUGCUUACUCCCUACGUGACUCUUUGAGGCGCGCCGGCACUGAUGAUGAAACUCUUAUCAGGAUUAUGGUGUCCAGGAGUGAGGAGGACAUGCUGGACAUCAGAGCCCAGUACAAGAAGGUGUAUGGAGAAUCACUGUACCGUGCCAUACAGGAUGACACUGAUGGCGAUUACGGAAAGGCCCUGCUCUACCUCUGUGGUGGAGAUGAUUAAUUCACACAUUUAUUUAUUGAUGCGUGGUUUGCUUAUUAUAUAUUACUUUGCUUUAAAUUAUUAUUACACAUUAUUUAUUUAAUAUUGCUGUAACCACAGUUAAGCUAUUUUAUAUGAUAUGUGAUAUGUAUUAGUAAUAGUAAACAAUAUAUAUAUAUACUAUAUUGGGCAGUGCAGUGUGGUGCUACCAGAAUUUCCAUUGGCGUAGUUAAAGUGACUUAAAGUUCACAUAUUUACUGAUUUGAAAUUGAUUUUGAAAUAAACCUUUUUUCCACUCCUUA